UGCUUUUUGAUAACCUGCUUGCAUCUGGACACCAACACACCAGGUUUUUGUGUUUCAGCGGAGGGGCAAGCUUCUGGACUCUGGCUGAACUGAAACUUGAAGACACUGGCUCACCUGAACACACUGACGGAUAUCCUGGCUUGCAACUGUUCAUUCCAACAAAACAAAAACUAGUUCUUAACAUCAGUACAUCCACUAAGCGAGCAGAUCAAGAGCAGACUUCUGUUUCUGGUGCUGGUGAAACUGAAUCAGAGGAGCGGAGGGGCAAUACAGCAGAGGCAUUGUGUGUCCCUGCAAUUGAAACACUAACCAGCUGGCAACAUCAAAGACCGUCCUGGACAAAGCUCUCCUCUCAAAACUCCCUUGUUUGUCCAAAAAUCUGCUACUGAAGUAGAAAAGUGCUCAGAAAACUGCAGGACACGCAAAGAGGGAAGCUAAGGGACCAUACACGAGGGCAGAGGAUUCAGUGCAGGUGCUGGGGCUGCCAUGGUGCGUGGAGGUGGCGUGGCAGUAGCUCCAUCCUGCUGGGGCCUGUGGGCUGUCGGCGCUCUGUCACUGGUGGCGCUGUGCUUAACGGAGGAGGCCAUCCGCUGCCCGGUGUGCUCCGAGGAGCGGCUGGCCAGCUGCCGUCUGCCGGACGGCUGCGAGGAGACGGUGCGUGAGCCGGGCUGUGGCUGUUGCCCCACCUGCGCCCUGGCUAAGGGGGCGCACUGUGGUGUCUACUCGCCCCGCUGUGGCACAGGCCUCCGGUGUUAUCCGCCGCGUGGCGUAGAGAGGCCAUUGCAUUCGCUGAUGCACGGCCAGGGGGUGUGCACCGAUGAGAGGGAGGUGGAGGAGAACUCAGCGAUGGAGAGGCAGGAUGAGAUAAUCUCUGAGCACCCAAACAACAGCAAUAUCCGGUGCAGUCCACAGGAUAAGCGCUGCAUACAAAAGACCCUGGCUCGACACUCUCCGAAAUCCACAAAUCAGAGAAGCAACAAUGCCAGAGAAGACACCAAGGCAGCGCUGGCUCCAUGUCGUGCCGAGCUUCAGAGAGCACUGGACAGGCUGGCAUCGAAUACUCGCACACAUGAUGAUCUCUAUACAAUCCCCAUACCCAACUGUGACAAGAAUGGAGAUUUCCAUGCCAAGCAGUGCCAUCCAGCGCGUGACGGGCAGCGAGGAAAGUGCUGGUGUGUGGAUCAGAAGACAGGCAUGAAGCUGCCAGGGCCACUGGAGCUGCGAGGGGAUCUGGACUGCCACCAACUAAUGACUGCUACCUUAAGGGAGUGA